GAGUAGCAUGAUAGAAUGUCUUAUGUUUGGUAUAUCAAUUUUUAAAUUGGAUGACUAAAUCUCGCCCUAAUUUUACUACUAUUGCCCUAACUUUUAAAUGGGAGUCUGUUUGUUAAGAUUAAAAUAUCUGUUAAUAAUAAAAAGAAUUGGAGGAUAAGAAAGUAAUUUCAAAUUUUAAAUUAAGAGGAAUAUAGAAAAUUAGGGCGACAAUUAGCAAUCCUCUUUUUAAAAGGCGAAAUUGUUGAUAAAUCAAAUUUAAAAGACUAAUUAAUUAGUUAAUAAUCCAAAAUUUUAGUAAUUGCUCUAGUAGGUCUCAUCUUAAUUUUGAUCUAGAGUCGAACAAAAACAAAAACCGUGGGUUUGUCUGUGUGAUUUUCUGGGGUUGAAAAAAGUCUUACAAAAAAUGGAAGCUUUUAUGAGAACAUAAGAGAAAAGGAGAACAAAAGAAGCAAAAUACAUCGAGAAGAGUAGGAAGAAAAAAAAAACUCAUCUAUCGAGACACAACCCACUAGCCAGCGAGCAGCAUCCUGGAAUACCCAGAAUUUCCUUAUUCUUCCACUUUCCUUUCCGGUCUCUUAAUCUCUAUCCGAUUCUUCACUCUCCCGAGCAAUUGAACUUUCUCUCUCUGUUUCCAUCUAUCUCAGGUACAUGUGUGUGUAUCGAUUGAUUGUUCGUCGCCUUUUUCUGCUUUCCCCUUUUUUAUCUGGGAUUUCACCUUUCCUUUUUGUUAGCUCCAUGAUUGGAAAUGGGAAUCUGGUACUUUUCCCCAUCGUUUGUGGUAUUGGGUUGAUGAGUAAUUAUUGGGUUUUCUGUUUUUGGAUUUUGUUUCUGUUGAUUGCAGGUGCUUUUGGCUCUUCAGAUCAUUACCCAGAUCUCGUUUCCGUCUGAUCCACUUCAAAUUGGUUCAACAGUGGAAAUCAGCGGAGCUCAAGAAGAAAUAUAAUACAGCAAGGCGAGAUAGAGGACGGAGAGGUGAUGGAAUUGUUUUAGAUUUGCUUAAGUUUUCCUUGCCUUCAAUAUGAUCAAUUGCUGGUUGUUCUGAUAUUUCAUAGUAUGCUGGUUUGUUCUUUCAGAAUUCUGGUGCCAUUGAAGCACAGAAACAUGUUUAUGAUUGUUUGGGGGAGACAAAAUUGAUUGAUUGACCUUUUUCUUGCUCUGGGGAUCUUAAAUUGAGAGAUAUAUCUUGCCUGGAAAUGGAGUUUUCUGAAGCAAUGUGGUGUAGCAACUCGGUUGGAGGUAUGUUCAUACCUUAGGAAGGGUCUUUGCCUCACUGGUUGGAAUUCACUUUCUCUCUCGAAAUGGGUGUUAUUGGUAGUAGUAAGAGGAAUCAGUUGGUUAUAGAGUGUUGAUAACUACUCGGUCUAGAGUCAACCCGAAAGACGGAAUUCUGCUGCAAACUUGAGCUAUGAUCAAACAGUUCCUCAAUAGGCUCCCUAGGAAGCCAAAGUCGUCCGACCAUCGUGAUGGAGGAGGAGGAACUUCUACCUCAUCAAACACUUCCACUAGCUCGAGAACCAACGAUUUCACAAACAACCGAUACGGUGGAGGACCAAAUGCCACAUCUUCACCUGCUGUGAAUUCUAAUCCGGCUCACGGUUCAAAUUACAGCAACAAGCUCUCCCUGCCUGUAAAGCCGAAUGGUAAUCAACCUUCAUACGAGGCUCUGCCUAGCUUCCGCGAAGUUCCAAAUGCAGAGAAGCAGAACUUAUUCAUCAGAAAGGUGAUCUUAUGUUCUGUCAUUUUCGAUUUCACUGAUCCUACUAAGAACCUCAAGGAAAAGGACAUCAAGAGACAGACAUUGGUAGAGCUUGUGGACUAUAUUUCCUCUGCCAGCGCAAAGUUUCCUGAGAUAGUCAUACAAGAACUCAUCAGAAUGGUCUCUCUAAAUCUGUUUAGACCACUCACUUCUCCACCUCGUGAGAACAAAGCAUUGGAAGCUUUUGACGUUGAAGAGGAAGAGCCGUCCAUGGACCCUGCAUGGCCCCACUUGCAAGUCGUGUAUGAAUUGUUAUUAAGGUUUGUGGCAUCACCUGAAACUGAUGCAAAACUAGCUAAACGGUAUGUUGAUCACUCUUUUGUACUAAGGUUGCUCGAUCUCUUUGAUUCGGAGGACCCAAGAGAAAGGGAGUAUUUGAAAACGGUCCUGCAUCGAAUCUAUGGGAAAUUCAUGGUGCACAGGCCCUUCAUUAGGAAGGCAAUCAACAACAUCUUCUACCGGUUCAUAUUUGAGACGGAGAAGCACAAUGGGAUCGCCGAGCUGUUGGAGAUUUUGGGGAGCAUCAUCAAUGGCUUUGCGUUACCUCUUAAGGAAGAGCACAAGUUGUUUCUAGUUAGAGCUCUUAUUCCGUUGCAUAAACCAAAGUGCUUGCCGAUGUACCACCAGCAGUUGUCAUACUGCAUAACGCAAUUUGUUGAGAAAGACUGCAAGCUUGCUGAUACUGUGAUUAGGGGUUUGCUGAAAUAUUGGCCAGUUACAAAUAGUGCUAAAGAAGUAAUGUUCUUGAGUGAACUGGAGGAGGUUCUGGAAGCUACUCAGCCUGCAGAGUUUCAACGUUGCAUGGUGCCUUUGUUUCGCCAGAUUAGUCGGUGCUUGAGCAGUUCCCACUUUCAGGUGGCAGAAAGGGCCUUGUUCUUAUGGAACAACGAUCAUGUGGAGAACCUAAUCAAACAGAACCGAAAGAUCAUACUGCCCAUCAUCUUCCCUUCCUUGGAGAGGAACGCCAGGCGCCACUGGAACCAGGCUGUGCAAAGCCUGACGCUGAAUGUCAGGAAGAUAUUCUCCGACGCUGAUCCGGAGCUCUUCGAAGAAUGCUUGCUCAAGUUCCAGGAAGACGAAGCGCGAGAGGACGAGAUCAAGUCGAGACGGGAAACCACGUGGAAACGCCUCGAAGAGAUUGCUGCCAUGAAAGCUUCAUCUAGCAACCAGCCGGUGUUGGUCUCUCCUAGAACCUCAGCAAAGCUCAUGGUUACAAGCUAGCUAAAAGAAUCAUUGAAGAUCUUACUAUGUUUUGAGCCACUAUACGAGGGACAACAAGAUGAUAUUCAGGUGGAAAGUUCUUUCAUUUGAAUAUGAAUCAUCUGCCCACUUGCAUGGAACCAGCAUAUGUGAAGAGGGUUGACAUUAGAAAAAUGGGGAGGAAGGGGCUUUCUUGAGAGCUUGAAACUCGAUUCCAUUCUGUAUAAUUCGGUGUAUAUUGAUUUUUGGUUUGAAUGAGAAGCUUGGAAAUUAAGUUUCCACCUUUGUUUAACACAACCAAGAAUUUCAUGCUUUAAUAUAAAUCAUGCAUGGUU